AUGUCGAAUAUAAAUGAAACUAAAAGUAUUCCAUCUAAUUUAAUGGAUAGCAGUUCUUCACCUAUUGAAACAAAGAUAUCAAUGAAUAACAUUAAGAAGAUAUCAAAUUAUAUAGAACAAAAUAUUACUUCAUUAUUAUCAACAUCAAUUGAACAAGAAUCUUUUGAAAAAAAUAUGAAAACAAAAUUGAGUGAACCUCAAGAUCAAAUAAUGAUGAAAGAAGAACAAGAAGAGAAAUUACAAUUUGAUUAUAACAAUCUCUCAAAUGAUGAUAUCAAAGAACGAUUCUUACUAAUAAUACAGGAUCCUAUUUCUCUUCGAAAUCAAAUCAAACAAUGGUUAGAAACAGAUACAACACUCUUAGUAUUUAUACGACAAAAUGCUACUUUACUUGCACAAUAUUAUUCAUUAAAGACAGAAUUACAAUUAUAUCAAACUUAUAUAAAUAUGACACAAUCUGUAUUCGAUUGGUUAUCUACAAUGCCCCAAAUAUUAAUCAAACGCUUUAAUAUAAAUAAGAACUUUUUCAAAAUUCAAAGUUAUAUCAAUAAACAACUGAAAAAUUCUGAACAAUAA